GUACCUGUCACUAUAUAGCACACCUGCUCUUGUUACCUUCCCAACUCCUCAACACACAUUUCUCCAAGCUACUGCCCCCAAACCCUAGAAACUUCAGAGAGAAUUAAAUAAACACCCUCGCAGCCCAGCUUUUGACAAGGUCGCAUGGAAGGAGAUGGCUUCAGCAAGAGCGGGUCGCCGGAGGAGUCCGGGGCGCGGCGGGCGCCGGCGUACUACGAGUGCAGCUUCUGCAAGAGGGGAUUCACCAACGCGCAGGCGCUCGGCGGGCACAUGAACAUCCACCGGAAGGAUCGUGGCGGAGCCGGCGGCAAGUCCCGUGGUGCAGCGCCGCCGGCCGGGCAGCAAGACGGUGCUGGUGGGGAUCAGGUUCACCUGGGCCUUACCUUGGGGAGGAACGAGGACAGCAGGGAUGGCUUGGACUUGGAGCUCAGGCUUGGCCACUACCCUUAUAACUAGCGCUCGCUAGCCAUGUAUUUGUGCAUUGAUAAUUAAUUUCGUUUACUAGUGGAAGGAAUACAUAGCUUCGUGCUACUACUGAUUGAUCGCUAAGCAGGCCAUUUCAUAUUUGGUUUCCUGUUUUAUUUGAUUCGGUAGUUUGGUUAAUUUCUAGUUUGCAACAAAAGCAUAAGAAAGUCAUAGACCACACGAGGAAUAUAUAUGGCUGCGUGCAUCGAUCGAAGCAGAUCGGUCAUCCUCUGUUUCGGAAAAAAAUGAGGAAUAUAUAUGGUCAGUCAUCGAGGCUGUUGUUUGUCCAA